AUGUUUCGUUCCUCACAGGUCCUGCUAUCGCAAUCUAUAGCAACGCUGCUACACCCUCGUGUACCAUUAAGUGCCCCCGAAGCUCGCAAACUCUUCAAUGUUCUUACGACCUCGUUCCGAUCACAUCUCGACGCAGAACAUGGGCAGGCAGUGUCUGAGCCAGGCUCAGAGGCUGAUUCGGCUGGGCCUGCAACCUCUAAAUCUGCCAUUCAAAAGCGCACCAGAGCACAACCUCUACACAGAAGGGACAACCAUGUGGACCGACAUUUACAGUCGAUACUCUCGAAUCCUCUGUUCAAUUCUGGGCAUAUCCGACCCACAGGUGUUCCAAGCCCAAUGGCCAUGUUUGAGCGAGCAGUUGCACAUGGCAUGAUGGAUAUUGACAAAGCGGCUUAUUGUCUACGCCAUGAGAAGGAAUACAUUAUCUCAUCAAACCCUGCGAAGUCAAGGGAUGGGAUGAAGCAGUCGGGGGCUGGACUGAAGGUAUUGAGGUGGCUCGCAUCAAGUGAAGCUAUAGAUCAUGGUGGACAUCAUUUGUUGUUCAACCCACACUUUUCCACUAUCUUCAUGCAAUUUUUGAUCGCCGAAGGUUUGCGCGAUGCUGCUUGGACGUUAACAACGAAGGCUUUGGAGCUCCUUACCGUGCCUCUUCCUUCGUCAAAAAUCACCGAGAGACGAACGAAAAUGAGAACGUUGUUGGAUAACCUCAUCCGGGCAGAAAUUUCCUAUGGAGACGUUAGCCUAGAUUCAGCGUAUCUCUGCGCAGAGAAAGCGUGGUCCUAUAUGGAGGGCAUGCCUCUGGACUUGAGGACAAGACGACUAUUACUUGUGCCAGCGCUGAAUUCUCUCAUCGGACAGACACGGGAAUCCUAUGGAAUUCGUUUACCGCCAAGCGAAGAAAGAUUUGAGUCUUUCCUCAGCCUCGUAACAAUAGUACAAGGCGAUCGGAGCUUUAGAUUCGCUUCAGCGCACCUACAUCUUCUCCAUCCAAGUCGUCCCAGCGCAGAACUGGCAUUGAGAACGCUCCGCCGUUGGCCCCGCAUGGUUCUCCAAUCUAACCCCAUAAUUAAAGCGCCAUUGGUGCGAAGACAGGCGAUAGGGCUGGGUCUUAAUACUACCAAGUUCUUGCUCGACAACGAUCGUUAUAGCGAGGCUGAUUGGGUUAUGCAGUUUCUACGCAGCAACUUCUCAGAAGAUUUAGGGGAACAUCAACACCAAGCCUUGAAUGACCAAGUAGCGGAGGCAUCGUCGCUUGAAAUGCUUAGUACCAUCGCUCUUGCCUGA